GAUUCCGCGAAGGCAUAGGUACCGGCCGGGCGUGCUGAAGCCGUGUGUCGCUGGCACCCACGACGCCAUCUAUACGACGACGACUGCGACUGCGACUCCAGGCCCACUGACGUACUGCUGGACAGCCCGACGUCUGCCUCCCCAACAUGACUAUGAUUCGACCGUCGCAACUUCCCUCCCCGCUGGAACCAUACAACAACAACCCUCCCGCCCCUGCUCGCGCCUCGCUCCUUCGCCACAACACCGCGCCCGAUGGACACAGUCUCGCACAACGCCCCGCGCCCCAGCAAUAUGCCCACCCGCUGUCCAGGCACAACUCGUACAGCUCGCACACGCCCGACUCUGGUCGAAGUGCCAAACCGCCAGAGCACAUGCUUCGCCGUAAGACGCCGAACGGUACACUCGCUGCUGCCUACGAUGGGACGUCUGUGGAGGAUUCGGACAAACCGCACGCUGCGAAGCACAUCCUGCUCCCCGCCGCCGUCGAGACUGGCCAUCCCUAUGGCCUCAAGCUGGAUGGUUCCCUCCGCUCUCCGGGUGGUGGUAGCGCCUUGGGGCACAUGAAGCAAGAUGCGCAAGCAGAAUGGAGUCCCAGCCUCUAUUUCGAAACUGGUUCUGGACGAGCUGGUCAACAUCUGCCGCAGAUCGAUUCCAUGCUGAACCAGAUCCCGCCAUUACACCCGCCCUUGCAAUACCCAAUGUACAACCAUCCCUUCUACGGAGCCAUGGGUCCAUCGCAGAGCCCACUGGGCCCUACGGUUUCCAACGACCAGGGACCCUUUGGGCCAUACUGGCACGAUGGCACGUAUAUCCCAUACAGACCUGCUGCCAUGCGAGACCCCCGCUUCAUGCACCACCAUGGCCCCAACUGGUCGCAUCCGCAACACAACGCCUACCUGGGACAUGCUUACAACAACACUAACCUACCAAACAUGCUUAAUUACCACGCAAACUCUUUUCAACUGAAUCAAGGUACUAUACCCAAAUUUUCUAUAUCUCCAGUCAAAAUUGCACAUCAUUGCAGAAAAGUUAGGGUUUGGUGAAACUUAUCGAGAUUUGAUUUCUCAAAACUCGACUAGAUCAUUAGCAAGACCUGAUCGAUGAUCCGUUCUUAGCAAAUGUCAUCCAAGCGGAAUGACCCUGCUGAUGCUAGACAGGCUCGCAUGCCA